CAGGUCUCGGGCCCUCAGGCGGAGCGGCGGGCGCCGGACCCCCAGGUGGAGCGGCGGGCGCCGGACCCCAGGCGGUGCGACAGUGGGCUCCGAGUCAACUGGCGAUGACCGCUGGCACUAGGUCAGACAUUGGAUCGUCUGGCUGGACAGCGGGCAUCGGGUCACCCAGGCAUCAGGUCAUUUGGCUCGACAGCGGGCACCGUGUCAUCUGGCAAGGCAGUGGGCUCCGAGUCAACUGGUAUGACCGCGGGCACUGGGUCAGACAUUGGAUCGUCUGACCGGACAGCGGGCAUCGGGUCACAGGCAUCAGGUCAUUUGGCUCAACCGCGGGGCACCGCGUCAUCUGGCAAGGCAGUGGGCUCCGAGUCAACUGGUAUGACCGCGGGCACUG